UCUCAGGAAGUUGUUCACCUGCCUGCUGUGUCUGUCAGAGGAAUGAGGAUGAGACUUGGGAACUGACUCUCUUUCUCUCUCCUGAAAUGCCAAAACUGGACUGACUGGUGUUUCUGAACUGUUUGAAAUGUCUCCCUCUGUCAUCACAACCAGUUGCUGAGCAGGAUGCCCUCUGACCUCCAGGAGCGUCACCUGACCUCCAGCUGCGGCUCCUAUAUCAAGACCGAGCCCUCUUCCCCUUCCUCCUCAUUGGUUGACACUGUCAGCCACCACAGCCCCUCGGCCAAUAGCGACGUCAGCGGCAGUUACAUCAACGUAAACAACCUCAACGGAAGCUCGCACGUCCUCGACUCCCCGCCCAUGUUCAACCCGGGCAUGCUGGGAGGGGGCGGAGCCUGUCUCCGGAGGUAUGACGACUGCGGAGAGGGCGUGGCAGAUGAUUCUCCAAUCAAGUGCGAGUAUAUGUUGAAUGCAAUACCAAAAAGGCUGUGUCUGGUGUGUGGGGACAUCGCAUCAGGGUACCACUAUGGGGUCGCCUCCUGUGAGGCCUGCAAAGCCUUCUUCAAAAGGACCAUACAAGGAAACAUAGAGUACAGCUGUCCAGCUACUAACGACUGUCAAAUCACCAAGAGGAGACGCAAGUCCUGCCAGGCCUGUCGCUUCAUGAAGUGUCUCAAAGUGGGCAUGCUCAAGGAGGGACCCCGAGUGGGCGUGUUGAAAGGAGUGGGCGUGUUGAAAGGAGUGGGCGUGUUGAAAGGAGUGGGCGUGUUGAAAGGAGUGGGCGUGUUGAAAGGACUGGGCGUGUUGAAAGGAGUGGGCGUGUUGAAAGGAGUGGGCGUGUUGAAAGGAGUGGGCGUGUUGAAAGGAAAUGAGUGGGCAUGUUGA